GCCGGGGCCCUCGGCCUGCGCUCCCUCGCGUGUUCCCGGUCCCUACCUGAUCCCGCCCCCGACGCCGCUCCUCCCGCCUCCCUCUGGCCUUUUCCAAAAUCUCUGAGGCCUUUGGCUUCCCCGUCAGGGGACACCGUACUCAUUCACCUAACGAUCGGCUAGCUAUCUCGACUAGUCGCCUAGCCUAUCAUCUCGUUUCAGCUUCCAACAUCUUAAAUUCCACACCAUAAAGCUCUUUGACUAAUGUAGUCAAGAAAUUUUGUUGAGCACCUACUAUGUGCCAGGACCUGCUAGGAUACAGUGGCCGCGGAGAUUCUUUUCUUACCCUGGGUACCUGUAAUGGGAAGAGAGGACAGAACAGACGGUUUUGAAGAAUCAAAUAAGCAAAAGGAGAAUUACAGCUGUGAAGGGAUAAAUUAGAGGUCACUGAUAACUGAGUAUCUACAAUAAGAUCUUACCUUAGGCAUGGGUUGGAAUCGGAGCCUGUACCCCGACCUGACUACAGCUAGCAUGAUGUGGUUAUUAACCGCUCGUCAUUCACCUAUUGAUGCCUCCCAGAAAAAAACGCCGCCAAGGGUUCCAGAAAGCCCAGCUGCUAUUCCAACAACCACCACUGGAGGGCCCCAAACACCACUAUGGAUCUGCACAGCUUCCCAUCACUCACACUAGACAGGUGGCCAGCAAGCCCAUUGACCACAACACCAUCACUUCCUGGGUUUCACCUCAGUUUGAUACAACAGGAGAAAGCUGGUUCCCAAUGAACCAGAAACACCAUCGCCGAAACCAGGCAAGACUUUCAAGUCGAAAAUCCAUCACCUCCAAGUUUCCACAUCUAACAUUUGAGAGCCCCCCAUCUUCCAGUUCAGCCACACUUGGGAUCCCCUUAACCAGGGAGUGCGCCAAUCAGUCAGAAAAGUGCAUUUCUGGAAGGCCCUUAGUUCCAGUGCUCAGUCCUCAAAGCUGUGGGGAGCUGUCCACACAUACACUUCAAAACUUACCUUACGUGUUCAUUCCACCUGAUAUUCAGACCCCAGAGUCUUCGUUUGUGAAGGAGGGGCCCAUUCCCCCAGAUCAGAGGGAAGAUAGCCUUCCAAGUGGCUCCUUUCACACCAGUACUCCCAAGACCCCAGGGCCUGGGCCUGUUCUAGUUAAAGACACUCCUGAGGAGAAGUAUGGGAUCAAGGUCACAUGGAGAAGACGACGCCACUUGUUUACUUACCUCAGGGAGAGAGGGAAGCUGAAUAAAAACCAAUUCCUUGUGAAAAGUUCACUGGAUUUCUCAGACAGCAGCAAUCUCAAGAAAUUUUCAUAGAGUUGCUAAAUUACUUUUCUGGCUCACAGAAGUGUAUGUCAGAAGAAUAAAAUGCAAAUACUGCCAGUAACAUCAACAGAAAAAAGAUAGUUUAACUAGAGACUUGGAGUCAUAAGGGAAUUUGAUUCCCAGCUUUGCUUUUUAAAAUGUCUUUUCCUAAAAAGUUUUUAGUGUCAUAAACAGUUCACUUCAAAUUUUUCUUCUAUUAACUGUUUAAAAUUUUAAAGUAUCUUAUAGUAACUGUUUAAAAUGUUUGUAAAUAAAUGGUUGCAGAAAGGUUUUAGAGAACCCUGCUCCUGAUUACUGAUCGUGCAGCAAUACUGCCUUCUCCACAAAAGGUCUUCAUUGUUUUUUUAAGCCACUAAUUAAUCCUCUAAUCACCCCAUUCAACCUAAUUCAUUCCACAUUUUUGAGUACCAACUCUUGUGUCAGGCUCAGCGGCAGCUUCCUUUGUGGCAUGGUGGAUGGAAAAAUCAAAGCAACCUUUUUAGAGCUGAGCAACCUUUUUAGACCUCUGCAACCUUGCUCAUCUGCUAAAAAGUCAGGAUGAGGAAAGGUGCCAAGCCCUGUGUUAGUGAAUACAGUGGGAUCAGGGGCAAAAAAAGGGGACAGAGAUGUUACUUAAGCUUGCUGUGUUUUGGUUAUAUUUCCAUUCAAACAAAUCUGAAAAUACCACACAGGGUGGGAAAAUGAUUUCUUGUAAUGAUUGUUUAAAAUAUGUAAUUAAAUAUGGAAACUUUUCAGAGAA